AUGUUUAAAACUGCCCUUCGGCGGCUUCCGGCCCUUGGUGCCGUCCGCGUUCGCGCCCCCCAGCAAGUGCCUCAAGGUCGAAACCGGGAACGGCGCGGUGCCGGGGAACGGCGGCCUACCCAGCCUCGGCUCGCUUUCGAGCAUGUCGAACAUGUUCUCGCCACGUCCCUACCGGGUGCUGGCGGGGGUGCGGUGGUGUCUGUAUCCGGUGCGGCGGCCGCCGCGGCCGCCGCUGCUGCCGCAGCCGGCCAGGAAGUCGGCGGGCCGCAAAGUCCGGCCGGUUCCGCGAGCCGCUCGCCCACUGGUACCGGUGGUACCGGUUCCGUGCCGAAUCGUGGUGCGACUCCCGAUGAGGAGGACCGCGACGCCAACGCCACACCAGGAUCCGAGAAUACCGAGCGGUCCACUCCGGAAGAGGGACGACCGUAUAGACUGGGGCCUGUGUUCGGGGGCCGAUGCGGCGCGGAGGCGCUCGGUCUGGGGCUGGGGCUGUCGCCGGGCCCGGCCUACAGGUUCGCUCUGCCCCCGGGACUCGCUGCCAAGACCACCCGCUGCCUUGUAUUCGACCAAGGCAAGAAGAAAUUCCCCUCAGAUCCAUCUUGCUGUCCGGUAUGCGGAGUGACAGUGAGACCCCAAGAGCUGGAGCAACAUUUUGCUCAAGAGCUCGAUCGAUUGUAUAAGGUUUCCUCGGCAUCUUCAAGGCCCCGGCCCUCGAGGUCGACCUUACCGCCGACGCAUCCUCAAGACCAUCCCCAUGGUCCGAUGUUGCAUGCCCCAUCGGCAGCGGAUGGCACUCCUCAGGGUAGAUGGGAGACAUACAAAAGGAUCAAAGCCAAUAGACAGGCCAGAAUACGCGUUAAGAAUCGAAAGCGAAAAGCGGACGAGGCGUCAUGUCCGGUUUGUAGCGAAAGACUGUCGGGCACCCCGGAGGAAUUGAAUCAGCAUGUUGACCGAUGCUUGAACAAGCAAAACAACGGAAACCCGGCUGGACAAAACGCGAAUGUCGACGAGGAGGAGGUCGACGUUGAGGGCGAUCCUGAAUACGAAGAGUACGAGUGGGCUGGCCAGACAAGAGUGCGCGCCACUUCUAUGCUCGUCGGAGGGUUUUCCGUUUUCACUACGCGUUCGCCGAAACGCGCUGAGAGAUCGUCGCUUCUCUGCUUCGCAGCCGCAGGCCUCGCCACAUCCUCGAGCAACCGUAGCGGUGCCAGGGGCGGGGGCGGCAAUCAGGAAGACGAAGACGUUGAUCUGGUAGUCGACGGCGACGACGCCGCAGAGUUCGGACCAGCUCAGUAUUCCGAGGCAGACGUGGUCGCGCCGCGGGUCGACGGCACGCCGCGAGAACAGAAAGAGCGCGACGCGCUUCGCGAGGCCGUCAUCUCGCCGAAUGCACCGCACACGCCGCAGCAGCUGACCCCUGACUCCGCACUGACGGCGCAAGGCCUGAUCGAGGUGAAGCCGGAACCGGGCGCCGCGACGCCCGUCACCCAACAAAACGAUCCCGAUGAAGGUGCCUCCGUGUCGCCCAGGAGAGACGGCGACACACCCGUCGUUGAGGCCCUUCGCGGCCGCAUCCGUGAACUUGAGGCUGAGAUGCGCGGACAACCCUUCAAGUGUCUCAUCUGCAUGGAGCAAUACAAAAAGCCGGUCACUUCGGUUUGUUGCUGGCACGUACACUGCGAGCAAUGCUGGUUGCAUACACUGGGCGCGAAGAAGCUCUGUCCGCAAUGCAACAUGAUAACGUCGCCGUCCGAUUUGCGACGCAUCUACAUGUGAACGAGCUGGCUCGACAUCCCUCAGGAUUCGUGUUCUCCCUCCUCUUCUCCCCCAGCCAUCCCAGGGAUUCGGGAUCAGCCGCGCAGCGUUACUCUCGCUCCUGUAAAUACUUGUAUAUUUCUCUGCGUUACGUAAAUUAACUCUCUAGGAUUUUAACAUGUACGUUUAUGCAUCUUAGAGCUAGAUAAAUUAACUCUGUUAGUUCUUAAUGAUCAUCAACCGAGCGUCGCUCCAGGAUGACCCGGCGCAGUUUUGCACGUCCACAACGAUCGCGGCCGACAUAUUCAUUUACAUUUACGAACUUGCCAUUUCCACCGAAACCUGUGAACUUUCCCGCGAACACUUUCUGCCACGCUAAGUAUUCUGUUUCUGUUUAUUAUUGAAAUCACAAUUAGAAUAUUUUUAUUACUAUUAUUUUAAUUGAACGAUUAUUUUUACGACUUCGUUGAAACGGUAUACUCCGUUUGAAUGAUAAUCAUAAUUGUUUUGAUACUUUACUCAAUUUUUAUUGUAGUUUUUACAAUUCAACAGACUUAUGAAAUGAUUAUUUAUUAUAGAACAAUCAUUAAGUACCUAUUAUAAAUAUACGCCUCAAAUUAUAUUGGAAACGUGGAUUAAGCAUGUAACGGAGAAUCGUUUGUUAAACAUGCAACAAAACUGCGAGGAGCGGGCGACACCGAUCCGCAUCGACGAAAGUCACGUCGUACGCUCUUACAAUAUCUUCGUUUUGCAAAUGAGGAUUAAGGAAUCUUAAGAUUACACGAAAGGACGAUGUGAAAGAAAGCCGAUUGGCUGUGUAACUUUGUUUUUUUCCGACACGAAUCAUUUGUACGGAAUUUACGACUAUGUAACGAAUUCUUCUUUGAACGCGACGUUUUUCCUAAAAUGAUCGGCUUUCGACGCACGUCGAUCAUAUAAUUACCAGAACUUUUAGAUCAUCGCCAAACCAAUCUUUCUCGCGAAUGCACCAGCGAGCUAAUGUAAAUACACUAAACGGAUCAAGAAGAGAAGUAAGUCCCCCGAUCGCUGUUCUGUAAUCGAAAUAAAACGAUCAUGGAAUGUACAA